AUGUCGUUCUGGCCGUUUUCCAGUUCGUUUAAUAGCAAUAGUCAUUUGCAGAAACUCCUUGAUUCUACAGCUGACGUGAGCAAGAUCAAUAUUGAUGACUUAUUUGAGGAUCGAACUAUCCAGCUGGAAUUUAUGGAUGAAUUGAAGGGUCUCCUGACGAAAUAUGGAAGAAGACAAACUUCCAUUUGCCUCUGUUCCAAUACCAUCAACGACGACUCUUCGGUGGCUUCGUCAUCAAACGAGACAACAAGCAAUAAUAGAAGCGAAAUUGAUGGAAUUGGUGCUUCAACCGCAUAUAUUGAUGGUCUCCUCGACUACAUUGAGCAGUCUGUGGAGUUCUUCUAUGACCUAGCAAUCAAGGAGGAAGAAAAGCUAGAAGACCUUGUGAAUAAAAGUGACAGCGGGAGUCUCCAUUCAGAUAAUCCUUCGGACGAAGUAAGAGAACUGAGAAUGGAAGAUGCCAGGGAGGAACAAGAAGAGGACGAAAGCAAAGGUGAACAGGCAGAUGAGCGCCUACGUCGCUGCAUUCAGGGCGCCACAGAUGUCCUCUCAUUGGAAUUCUGGGUCAUUUCUAAUAGAAUCAUAGAGACCCCGGUACUCAUGGAUAAGUUGUGGCUGGUGAUCCUGAUGCCACAUCUUCGGGAAAGUUCUCCUGCUGUGGGCUAUCUUGUGCUGGUUUUGGAUCACUUUUUGGAUUCCAAUUCAACAGAGUUUCUUAACUAUAUUAGAAGACGUGACAACUUAGUUGAUACGUUUUUGGCCAAGAUAGAGAUCCCCAUCUUGAUGGAUUUCUUCAUAAAGAUUAUCCAAACAGAUAGAGCAGACUCUCCUACUGGUAUCAUUGAGGUUCUCUCUCAACAGCAAUUGAUAUCCAAGCUUAUUGACAUUCUCAAACCAAUUUCUUCCCAAUUUGAGGAGGACCAUGUUUGCAUUCCAAGCUAUGAGCUUCUUUUCAGACAAACAGCCGCUGCUGAGCUCAUAAAAGCACUUAUAUCCAUAUCAUCAAAUUCCACAUUGGCGGUGGAUCUAGAAUCUAACAUUGGGCCCAAUCAAUUGACUCGUGAAUUGGCUUCGCCCAAGAUCAUCAACCAGAUGGUGCAUGACAUAAUUUUGUACCGUAUUCCCGGUAAAACUGCGUCUGAUUUACCACGUACAAAUAAAAGUGGAAUCAGCAACUGUGUCACCAUCUUAAUCGAACUUAUUAGAAAAAAUAAUUCUGACUACGACUUGAAUUGUGGAACAUACAGUGCCCUUCUUCAGAAUAAUACCGCAGAGCCUACAGGUGAGGUGAGCGUAUACGUGAUGUAUCAAUGGCUUAAAGACUUUAAUCAGAAUCCUCCUGGAAUAAGAGAUCCUAACAUGAAUGCUAUUUCGGAGCUCAUUGACCUCGAUGCAAGCGUUCCCGCUGCUGCUGAAAAAGGUUCAGAAGCUCUUGGUGUGACCAAAUUCAAGCUCUUUGAGCUCAUAGCGGAGCUUCUUCAUUGUUCCAAUAUGAUUCUUUUGAACUCAAGAAAGAUUGCAGAAAUCGUUCGUAUCCGUGACAAGAUCCGAGUUUUGCAAGAAUCAAGGCUCAAAGAUGCUUUGGCUGGCUCUAUUCUAGACGAAGAGUCUUCAUCUGUCGAUGAUGAACAUAUCGGUGAUGUAACAAGCGGUAUAGAUGACGUUUCAUUGCAUGACAUGUCUCCUGAAACUACCAAGAAGACCGAGAGAUCCAACACCAAUGAGUUGUCGGUGAAGAAUUUCACCAAGCUUAAAAUGGAACAACUCAAUGCUUCUGAGUAUGUUGAAUCUGACGAUGAGGAACCUGCUGUUUCGCAAGAGAAUCCAUUUGUUUGCAUAGAAAGAGAUGAAAUGUUCAGAGAGAAUCCAUGCAUUGGUGAUGCCUUCAAAAUCAAGCUUGUUGACCUGAAUCUUCUUCCCAAGAUGCUUAGAAAGUUUGUUGAUUACCCCUGGCAUAACUUUUUCCACAAUGUGGUAUUCGAUUUGAUACAACAAAUCUUCAACGGAAAGUUGAAUUCGUACAACUCGUUUUUGAUUGUCGAGUUGUUCAAGCAUGACGAGUGUAACAUCACUCACCUUAUCGUCGAUACUUUCAAGAGUAAAGCAGAACCCAGACCUGGCUACACGGGCCAUCUUAUCCUAAUCAGUGAGGAAGUCGUCAAGUUCUCAUCAUUGUAUAAACCAGGUUUGAUAUCACCUGUCAUAGUUGACGCAGUCAAUGGUAAGGAUUGGGAGUGGUUUGUGGAGAAUGUCUUACUUAAAACUCGUGAACUUUACAAUGCAAUUCUAGGUGCUGACCCUGAGUACGAUGAUGUUGAUAAUAUGGAAGGGGGAACCCGUAGAGUCCAUGAUGAUGAUUCGUACGGAUUUGAUUCUUCUACGGUUGGCUACAUGGACCUCGAACCAUAUGACGAGGAACAGAAAAACUUCAUCAUUCUAGGCGACAGCAGCAACCAUGACGAGUUUGUGAGUCUGAAGCCACAACACCCUGAUGACGAUGAGGAUGCAGAAGCUAACCACAAAACUGACCUUGCGGACGUGAGAAUACAGAGUAUGUCCCCAAAAUCUCUGGUAGAAAAUCAUGAGGACUUAGUGAACGAUCUAAACGGGUCUAAAUUUCCUGGACAUCGGGACGAGCUUCAAGAAGACAACUUCUUCGACGACCUUUCUGGAUCUAGCUCGUCGGAUGAAGAUGAUGAUGACCAUAAUGAGUUACGUCGCGUGCCAAAACAUAGCGAAUCGUGA